AUGUCGUCUGCGUGCAUCAUUUGCCAUAAACGAAAGGUGCGCUGCGACCUGGCGACCCACAAUCCCUGCACCAACUGCAAAAAGUCCGAGGUGGAGUGCAGACCAUAUACACGUAAGCGCAAGCGUUUCACCAACAGUCUGUCGCCCAGUCGCGACGUGAAUUCGGCCGACCCUUUGAGUCGGCGCAGCUCACAGCUUCCCGCUGAAGACGCGCCCAUCGAUAGAGUCGCGCGUCUGUCAUCGGCAAGUCCCUACGAAGACAAUGUAUUGCCUAUAGAACCAUUGCCACUUCCGGUAAACAAUGGUGAACCGGUCAUCAAAGAAGAAAGCUACCGCGGGCGGAGCGAGUACUUGGGCGGGAGUGUGCCGUUUGACGAGAACAUGGUGAAACCUGGCCAUGAGACGACAAGCCCCAAGACAUCCGCUGCCGAUUUGCAGAUGCUGCAACUAAUGGCCAGCUUCAAUAAGUACUGCUUGCCUUGGACCCCCGUCAUUGACCUGAAAUGGCUGGACGAAGGCACGCCUCCCUCCAUGCUUCUGUUGCAAUCCAUCUUUCUGGCUGGCAGUCGGGUUUCCAAAGCGCAUUUGGACUAUGCCUCCAGUGAGGUCUUUUAUCGACGCGCGAAGCUACUCUUCUUCUUUGGCGGAGGCAAUAACUCGCUCAUAUCCAUUGUGGCCGCUUGCCUGCUACAUUGGUAUAACCCCGUGGGACCUGAGGAUGUCUCAACAGAUACUAGUGGAUUCUGGAUCCGCACCGCUGGAGCGAUGGCAUUCCAGAUUGGAUUGCAUAAGGAGCCACCGCCAAAUGCGAAGGACCGCGGCCUUCGCCGGCGAUUAUGGUGGUCAUUGGUUAUUCGCGAUAAUGUUAUCUCAGUCGGAGUAGGUCGACCGAGAACAAUCAACUUGAGAGACAGCGACGUGCUCCCUCCGUCAAUGAACGACUUCCCCGCUUGGAACUUCCAAGCUCAACUAUUCCUCGCAUAUUGCACGAUAUCAUGCCACCUGGGCGACACGGUAGAAUGCUACCUCCGGCGGGAGAUAUCUCGGCAGCGAAGAGUCGAUCUAGAAAAUGCAGUGUACAGAUGGGCAAAGCAGGUCUUCCCUAAAUUGCACUCCUCGGCCGCGAUGCAAGAAGAUGCCAUUACUUCCCACCAUGAGGUUCAACAGCUCUUAGUCAUGUACUUCGUCGUCCUCACCAUCAUUCAUCGAUCUCCCACGCCAAACAGUGUUCCUCCAGCCGCGUCAUUGGUAGCGUCCUCUUUCAUCGCCGGUAUAUAUGAGGAGUUUCUACUACGUGACGAACUUCGCUAUUUGGGGCCCGUCUUUGCAUUCUACCCACUCUGCGCCGGGCUAUCACUACUAUCAUGUUGCCGCUACACCCAGCUACAAAGCACAGCAGAGCAUGAACUAACAGUCAUGAAACUGUCUCUCCAAAAACUUUCCGAAAGGUGGCUAUCCGCCGUCGGACCGCUGCGAGCACUGAACAAAUUGACCGAAAAGGUCCGGGAGCAAGGCUUCCUUGACGGGCCCCCACCAGCCCUGGAUACAGAUACAGCUUCGUUCUUCGAGGGGUUUGACAUGAAACUCUGCAAACAGUGGAGCUUGAUAGGACACACAUCUGAGCCGGCGACAAAUUCAAGAGCGGAACGCACUUGUACGUUGGCAGAGGUACAAGAAACCGACGACGCGCUGCAACCGUUUGAUGCUCGGCCAGAUGACACUGUUGAUACUUACAGUUUUCCUCCGCUUGACACGAAUUUGGAGACAUUCAGUACCAACUGGGAAGGCUCUGGCUUUGAUUGGAGUGGGUCUUGGUUACUGAAUAUUUGA